UUUACUUGUUUCUAUUGAUCGACGCCUGUGCAGUGGCGAUAUCGUCCUGAGCAUCAACCAUAGCCCAGAGGAAGCAAUCAUCGGUCGAUCUUCUGUCGUUUUCUAUCGUUUCGUGUAAUUCCGAAUUUCGAACUAUUCUCGUGAUCUGUGGUGCUUACACUUCGUUUUUAGUGGAUCAAACGGGAAAAUUAAAAAGAAACAGUGGAAGGGGAAAAGAAAAGGAAGAACACGGUCGUUAAAGCAGUUUUCAAGAUAAAACGGCAACAACGUUUCAAGCAAGAAUAUCUUCGAUCAAUGUAUCGAAACUACUGACCGAACCACAGAUCUUUUCAUGAUAAACAGUCACAAAUGGUAAACAGACACGAUGAAUCUGUGACGGUGAACAAUGAAUAUCUACGAAAAAUUCUAAAAAAUGAUCCUAACCUAACCCCAUAAUAGCAAGGACAUACUCGAAAUUAAAAGAAAAUUUAUAAUGCGAAUGAAAGAGAGCAUGGAAACCGCCUGCAAAUAUGAACACUAGCUGGCAUACAAAUACGAUUACCGAUUUCCUACGCAAUAUAAAUAAAUAACCUAAUUUCCAAACCAACGUUAAUCUAAUUAGUAAACUGAAAAUGAUUUUCAAUCAUGCAAGAAAAUAUGUUAUUUACUGUUCAAAAUGCAUAAUUGAAUGCAGUAACUAUUCGCAACGUAUUCACGAAGAAAAAUCGAUAUCGUUAAAAGCGAUUAACACGUAUAUCUUGUUAAAUAUUCAGAAUUUUACAUCGACAACGAUAUAGUUACACCUAGUUUAUCUAGAAAACAACAUAGGAUCAAUUUAUGUUACACUAGCAUCGUUGAAAUAAAAAUGAUUGAGAGCGAUGACAAGAAUGCCGUUAAAUUUGUUCAAGUUGUUCAAGUUGUGAAAAACUGAACUAGCUAAAGAAUCGAAGGAGUCGAAAAUGUCUGAAAGUGAUGCAAAACCAACAUCGCCGGUACCGCUGAUUGCUCAUAUACAAUGCUGUAGUACUUUAACAAAUACACAUUCUUCAGCAUCCCAAGUGACAUCACGAAUGUUACGAUCACCGAGUCACGAGAGUGUCACGACCGAUCUCUCUCUAUUUAGUGUCUCUACGAUAUUAAGCGAACUACGAGGUACGAACAGAUUCGUCACUUUUAAGUCGAACAACAAUGUACAUCUUGCUGACCGUGGCCCGUCACCGAAACUAGAUUCUCAUCAGAUCGAAGCCAACAGGCCAGCAGAUAUACCAGAAACUCUUUGGUUCGAAGAAGAAAAUGAACUGAUUCGAAGUUGUGGCGUACUUUCCUCGGCGCUUGGUCUUCGCAAAAGCUUUAGUACAAGCGAUGUAUCUCAACUGCCAAGUCCAGACGCAUUAGACAUAAAUGGACUUCGAUCGGCUGUUUCUGCUUUAACUCUCGAUACUGCCCAAAGAAACACUCUAUUUUUGGAGCACAGAAGACUCGAUCAUGCUUCAAGGUCUUGCAGUACAUGGGUUGCUGUUGGUGAACCAGUAGCUAUUACGUCGCAGCUUCCUAGUCCUCACGGAGGAAGUGCGCAAGAGCAGCAGCGUCAGCAACAACAUUUAUCAACGUCUACCUCUCAGUCGGCUUCACAGCCUUCACCCGCACCAAUACUAGCUCCGGUACCUUUCACGGGGGCAGAUCUUGUCAGAUCUGUGAACAAAAAGGUUCGCCAAAAUUAUAUACGUCGAAGACUAUUAACAACUUAUCGCGCUUUGGAACGGCUUUCACAAAGCGAAUUCAAUUUAGAUCAAUUGGAAGCUGCAGCAAGCGCUGCACGAACUACAUCUGGAACCUCGUUAUUAGUUCCUGGAACAACAACAACCAUUACUGGAUCUUCUCUGUUAGGGCGAAAGGACCGAAAUCAUGCAUUAACGAUUAAAGACGUGGAAAGAGAACGUGGAAACCAAUUGUCUAAAUACGAGAGAAAUAUGAUGAUUUUUAACUGGCUACAUACUCUGGACGAUACCACCGCUGUAGACAGCAUAAAAUAAAUUACACAAAAUUACGCUUA